GAGGCCAAAGUGCCUCCCACAGCUGACACAAAGCGCCCAUGGUUUUGCGGGGCGCUCUUCUCCUUGUGCUCAGCUGGAUCAUCCCAACUCUUGCAGCAUGGCCACCGACCUUUCCCUUAAGGACCUCAGGCUGCUGGAUCGUGGAUCAGCAAGGCGUCCGCGUGAAGUUGGUCUGCGUGAACUGGGCCGGAGCUGAGGUUAAGGAUGGCAUUGUCGGGGGCUUGCAUGUCAGAAGAGCAUCAAGCAUCGCCUUGACCUUCCGCGACAUGGGUUUCAACUGUGUGCGCUUUCCAUGGUCCGUUUGGAUGGUGCAGACUGACCCUGUGUCGCCGCAACGCCACCUGUUGGCGACGAAUCCAGAGCUGCACGGCAAAUCUACUUUGGAGAUCCUGGAUGCAGUAAUUGAUGCAUGUGCAUUGGCCCAGCUGCUGGUACUCCUCGACAAUCAUGUUUCAGAUGGAUCGUGGUGUUGCUCAGAUGUGGACGACAAUGGGCUAUGGUACAACAGUCGUUGGAAGACCAGCGACUGGAUGCAGGCUCAUAUGAAACUGGCUUCUCGUUAUGCCAGGCAGCCAUGGGUGAUCGGCAGUGAGCUUCGGAAUGAGG